UAAUUCAUUAAAUUGAUGGCGCUGUUGUCCCAGAAGAGAGCGCCGCCUACCGAAGACGUAGAAGCGUCUUCUGCCUCAGAGAACGAUGAGGAAGAAGACAAAAUUGAUGAAUGCGACAAUGAAGGCAAUCCCGCUUGGGCAAGAACAAUUGCCAAGCUGCUGCAGCAAAAGCCACCUGAGAAGCAAAAGAAGACAGUUCUCUCGCGAGCCAAGAAACUGAAGCCCAACGAUGCUCAGAGCAGUAAAGAUAAAAAGAGCUACGACUUUGAGAUCGAUGGAACAGAAGUUGAGGUCAAGACGGAAAAGGAUAUCAAAGAAGAGAAGGGCUCCGCACUUGAUGCGGAACUGAAGCGUCAACAGCGCAAAAAUGUGCCACUGCAACUACGUGUUAAGCCCGAUAAACAGGAUAUUGAGAGAGAACGGAAUCUGCGCAAGGUGGCGACACGAGGCACGGUUCAGUUCUUUAAUGCAGUGCGCAUCCAACAGAAGGAUCUUGAACAGAAGCUGGCUGAGGCCGGACCGCUGGACAGCCGAAAGGACGCAGUGCGCAAGAACAUAGACAAGAGCAAGUUCCUGGACGUAUUGAUGAGCGGUAAACGCUCCAAGUCCACGGCAAUUGACAACGCCGUGAAGAAGGAGGAGCCGGAGUCGACGACUGAUGAAGAUGAAGAUGACGACAAGCCCACAAAAGGCGCUGGCAAUAAAAAGAAACCCGAAUGGAAUGUGCUGCGCGAGGACUUCAUGACCAACAAGAAAAUCAAGCAUUGGGAUGAAGAGGACGAGGAAGAAGGGGAAGAGGAUGCGAACAGCGCAGAAGAUAGUGACGAUGAAUAAAUAGUAUUUAAGUUAUAGUUUUUAAUAAAAAAUGAAUUAAUUAA